GGAAAAUUUUAUUUAUUUAAUGAGGUGGCCUUAUACUUAUCAGCGCAGUGUUUCAAGAAUUUAUCUACUUGUCUCGUGUUGAAUUUUACUUUGACAUUUUGAUAAGCAAUAAUAAAAUUUAUUCUACUCUCUGUAAAUUGUAUCAAAAAAGCCAAGUUGACGUAAAAUCUUAUUUUUGGUUUUUAAUUUGUUUUUCUUUUUGAAGUAUUUACCGACAUCUAUUGAGAUACAAUUUGAGAGUAUCAAUUGACUAUGGAUUACAUUAUAAUUUCUACAUAUAAUUUUUUAUUGCAUUGACUUUAAAUUUUUAGGUGCUAGACAUGAGAUUUAUUAAUAUCCUAAAAAGGGUGGAUGCAUAUCCUAAAACUUCUGAGGAGGUUAGUGUCAAAACAUUAAUUGGGGCUACGGUUACUAUCAUCAGUUGUACUCUAAUUAUAUUUUUGGCAUUUUCCGAAUUUUGUGAAUAUGCAAGUCCAAGUAUAGUGGAAGAAUUAUUUGUGGAUACAUCAAGAAAAGAGACUUUACGGAUUAAUUUGGAUUUAAGAGUGCACAGCAUAGGCUGCAAUUUUUUAUCGUUAGAUGCAAUGGAUGCUUCUGGGGACCAGCACUUAAGAAUUGAACAGAAUAUUUUUAAAACUCGCCUUAAUUUAAAUGGAUCUCCAAUACAAAAAGAAACACCUAUAAAAGAGAUAGUUCAGACUUCCGCCAAAAAUUCAUUCAAUGAGACAUGUGGUAGUUGUUAUGGCGCAGAACAUAAUAAAACUCAUUGUUGCAAUUCUUGCGAAGAAGUUAUGAAUGCUUAUAUAGCAAAGAAGUGGUCUGUUCAAAUUGACAAAAUUGAGCAAUGCAAAGGAAAUUCUGAAAAAUUUCUUAAAGAACCAAACCCAAUUGAUGAAGGCUGUCAAAUAAAGGGAUUUAUUGAAGUUAAUCGCAUGUCAGGAAGUUUCCAUAUAGCGCCAGGAGCAAGCUUUUCAAUAAGUCAGUUCCAUGUCCAUGAUUUCCGAUACACAGACAUUAAAUUAGCACAUACUAUAAAUCAUCUCUCAUUUGGAGAAAAACUAGGGGAAUUUGCGAACACCCAUCCGCUUGACGGCUUAGAAGUCAAUUCAAAACGUGAUGGAAAAAGUCAAAUGUAUAACUAUUAUAUAAAAAUAGUUCCCACCAUGUACAAGAAGAAUCAUACUCAUAUAAUAAACACCAAUCAAUUUUCUGUUACUAGGCACAAAAAAGUUUUAAAUGAUAACGAAAAGGGCAUGCCAGGGUUAUUUUUUAGUUACGAAUUUUCACCACUGAUGGUUAAAUAUUCCGAAGAAAAAAGUUAACAAAUUUUUGAGAGAUGACUUGUAAUAAUGCAAUAAAAAUUAAAUAUUUGACCAUCGAUACCUAUGACACGUGGAAGGUCUACAUGGAAUCGUUAUGAUGAAGAAUGACCUGUGGGAUUAUGUAAGCGGAAGUAUCAAGAAACCAGUUGCGAAGCCUGAAGAAUCCAAUAAGAAGAUCAUAAAAUGGGAGUGUUUAGACAAAAGGGCUAAAGCUGAUUUAGUAUUGAAUAUACAUUCGUCGUUUUUAAAGGAAAUUAAUAUGUUAUCAGAUUUUCGCUAUCUUAUUUAGCUUCGUAGAUACGCCGAUGUCAUUUUGAUUCACCUCCACUUAAAAUUCGAUUUGGGAUGCAUAUUGGUCCAUAUCCAAAAUUGUUGGUGUAUGGAUCAAAUUUUCAUAUAAAUUUCUGGAAAAAUUUUUGAGUGCUAUAAUGAUCCAUGUCAUACAAAAUUUUACAAAAAAAUUUUUUUGUAUGACAUGGAUCAUUGUAGCACAUAAACUGUAAAACAUAAUUAAACAAUCCAAUUUGGCUAUUUACACAGUUCCAAAAUUUUUUUCCGGUAAAUUAUUUUUUAAUUUAUUUACCUUACUUGUUUUUUCACAUACUUAACUAAAUAAAAAAUAUUUUAAGGACUUUUAAAAGCAUUAGAUAGCUCUGUUCUUAUAUUUCAAGGAGUGCUUACAAAAAACCGUGUAGAAAUUUUACUUUUGCUAAAUGUUUGUAAACCUGAAACAAAUUUUUAUUAUUCUCCUUAUAAAAUGCCAGUUAUUUCAAAUAUUUGAAAGUCUCUUCUUACAAAAUGGAAUAAUAACGAGAAUGUCCGCUAUAAAUUCAUCUAUUAAUUAAAUUUUGUUGUUAUGGCACUGGUCCUUUAACUGAAUGGUUCAAAGCUCAGUCAAGUCACUAUAAAAAUUAUAUUCAAUAUUAUAUAGCUUUAUGUAUAACCUAUAAAAAUAAAAAAAAUAAUAUUAACUAAUUGCCAUAUUUCAAUAAUAUUCAAUAUUAAAAAAAGUACCAGCAAAAUAAAAACAAUAAAUAUAAAUAACCUUAAAUAUCUAAUAUUAAGAAAAAAUUACGGUAGGUUCGUCACCUACUUAGUAAACCCAAUGACGUCAGAAACUUGUUCAUGGUUAUAUACAAUAAUCAUACACCAGCCCUAUGCUCCUCCUAGGUGCGAAGUAGGAUAAAAAAAAAUUUAAUUUUGUUCUUCUAAAUGCAAAAAUUGAGAACUCAAUAUUGUUUUUCUUUGGAAUAAUUUGAAAAACAUCAGUUUCAUUUACGAUUCGUCAUUAACUACUUGAGUUUAUAGACGACACUUAAUAUAUGAUUGAAGUACUUUUUUUAUCACUUCUUAUGUUCAUUUUUUGAACAGAUAUACAG